AUGUGGGAUCGGGCGCAUGAAGGAGCAGCUGGACGUUGGUGCAGGGAGGCUGUGGUAGAUGAGACGGUUGUGCCACUCGGUGCUGCCGUUGUUGAGGCGCAUGGAGGCCACGCCAUCCUAGGCUUCAGCUUCAUCGACGCGCAUGCCCACUGGAGCGGGCACGGAGAUAGAUGCACUACCCCAAGGAACCGGGUGAGGGUGUCACGGAUUGGGUACGAAACUAUGCUGGGCGAAAUGGUGAUUGGUGUGAAACAAGGUCAUCAGGCUCGUCCUGACGCAGUCCGCCUUCAUGUCUUUCGCCGUUUGCUUUAUCGGACCUUGGCCUCCGAUGCUGCUAUUCUUCUCAAUUUCUUCUUCUAUGUUCUUGUCGUCCCAGAAAAAAAACGGAUAUCGCCGUCAAGGCCAUCUCCACCGUACCCGACACAUAGUGCAACCUCGUCCUCAUACGAGAAUGGGAAGGACGGUGCUGAAGACUUGAAGUAA